GAACAUAUCCGAACCACAUAUAACCUAAACGACACGGCGACUAUAAUUAGGGUUUAUGCUCUGAGGUGAGUGUCCUUCAAAAUCAAACCAAUUUUGCAGUCAAAAGAGAGAAAAGGAAAUUAGAAUGGCGUCGAGGGUUUCUCUAAAGGCGAAAGGAAAGAGCUCAAAGGGAUCGAAAGGAACAGAGGAUCGAUCAUAUGUGGAUUGCAUGAAAGAGUGGACAACAUGGGGUUUGAGAAAAGCUAAGGUUAUCACCCAUUACGGUUUCAUCCCUAUGAUCAUCUUAAUCGGUAUGAAUUCUGAUCCAAAACCACAACUUUCUCAGCUCCUCAGCCCCGUUUGAUCGCAAUUUCUGUGUCAUUUCACAACAUCAACCACCUUCAGCUCCCCUCCACCCCUUAUUGUGUUUGAGUUUUUUGGAACAAUUGUUUCUUUUGCUUAUUUAAUGUUGUUUGAUGGAGUCAGAGUGGAUUAUCUGUAGUUUGUUUGAUUUUGGAUAACUAUUGAAGACGUAGUUGAAGAAUAAUUACUAUAUUCAAAUUUUGUCGAUUUAUUUGUAUUUGAAUGUGUUUCAUGUUUAUGUAUAUAUGCUUGGUUGUGUAGGUGAAACGUGAUUAUUUUAUCA